UUACAGGUAAAUAAACACUGUGAUUAGUGUAAAGUUUAUAUGCCAUACAUAUAAUUUAAACAUAACAUUACACAUUUCAUAUGAUGUGAACUGUAACAAAACUGUGUGUUGUCAAAUUCCAGCCAUGAGGGACGCUGUCUCCAGUUCCAGCCCUCUGGAUCCAUUAGGGAAUGGAGGCAUAGGUGUAACUGAAGGAAUCUCAAAUCAUACAGGCUCUACGUUUGAGGCUGGGCUUGGACAUACAGACCUCACACAGACACAUAAUAGCAUGGUUCAGACACACCUCCCAGUUACAGAGAAUCCUGUUGCAGCUUCCUCAUACACUGAUGCCAUGGCCACAGCUGUACCUCAGAGGGCACUCGGGGCUCCAAUUCAACUUGGUGCUACAGAACAGACACAACCAGCUGGUAAGCUUAAUGGUAGUUAA